UCGAACGCCGUUCGAUGCGAACGUGUCGUUGUUACGGUCCGUCCUCGACCGCCCUCUACCUGUUCUUUCUUUCUCUUUCUCUUUCUCUUUCUCUUUCCCCUUUUCUCAUUUUUUCUUAUUAUCUUAGACUUCACCUAACUCUCGUUAUUUUCCAUCUUUCUUUCUUUUUUUAUCCUCCUAAUCAUCGAAGAAGUAUUCGACGAAGGAUUUUUGGACAUUCGAAGAAAACUAAUAAUAGCACACGAUUAUUAACUUUCUCGAUUUUGGUAUCAAAGUUAUUCAUCGAAUCAAAAAAGCGUAUGCAAAUUGAGAGAGUGACUCGGAUAAUAAAUGAUCAUUGGCUUUUUUUCGUGAGUGAUAAGUGACUUUUGUUUUCAUCGAGGACCCCAGUGUACUACGUUACGUUUAAACACUCCCCUCUUCGGCCCCACUUUCCUCUUCUCAACCGAGAGAGUUAGAGAGCACGUGUCUUCGUUACGAGGGCUGAUAGUUUUCAUAAACAUUGACAACGCGAUUGUCAUCGUGCACAUUUUUAAAUGACCACCACGAUGGUGUGAAUUAUUUGAGAGAUUCUUUGCCAUUCUCGAUCUAUUGACUUUACAAAAGAGAGGAAAAAAGAAGAGUACGCAUAUAUAAAAGAAAAUCGAAAAAACGAAGGUAAACAAACGAACGAAGAGUGCUGUGUCUGUCAUAAAUGGCGGUGACUCGCGAGCCCUGGAAUGCUCGCUGAGAGUUUGUUCUAAGGAAGGGAAUGGAUUUUCAGAGCGCGAUGGACACGUUCGUUGAGGCAUGGAUGGCUGCUAAUACAAAAAACGAUCAAGUACAGAGUCAAGCGUUGGCAUUGACGCACAAGACGUCGCCACCUUCGAGACCCAGUAGCGUCUCGUCUUUACCAAGGAGUCCGCAGUCUCAUCAGUCUCAACAGUCGCAGCAACAAAGCACCCCGCAACCCCCGUCGAGCACGCAUCCUCACCAGUCGCAGACUCCCCUUGGUGCGUCCUCCCAUCAGACACCGUUCUCUACUCACAGUCAGCACCCAAAGCAAGAAAUUACUACGAGUCCGAAACAGGAAGGCUUUGACCUCAGUAAAUCGGCCUCCAGCACCGCUAAAAAUCUACCAGUUCACUGCAUCGUCGAAACGAUUCAUAACAUCGUUGAGAGUCAUGCAAGCAAUGCCCGGGAGAAUUGGCGAAGACCUCAAAUCGAGACCGAUUCUUAUGUAAUCAUUCCAGUUGCAAUGCCCUUUCAGGAUUUAGUGGGAGAGGCAUUGGUUCGGCUGGGUUAUUCGAGCGAUUUAAUACCCAGCGCAAGAGGUAGCAUAGAGAUAAGAAACUGGAAACCUCUACCAAUGGAAAAAGUAGCGGAAGGUCCACUUUUAACAGUUGGCGACAUCCUUGCUGAACUUACUUCGGUAGCAACCUUGAAGAUUCAGGUUUACAGAUCGAGACCACCACCUCCUAGUCCCGCAGCCGAAGUUAGAAACAAAUUGCUUAGGCUACUUUUACUUCAUAGCCACGCUCUUCUCGUUUCUGCGGGAUGUCCUUUGGACGAGAUGACACUGUUGUCGCUCUGCAGAGGCUGCAAUGAUCUCUCCGAGGAGACCAAGAGGAAUUUUGAGUCUUGGCUACAGCAACAACAAUUGGGUCUUGGUCUUAAUCCGAUCGUACCAUCCUCGAAUCAUCAUCAUCAUCAUACUCAAAGUCCUCAACCAGAUGGUAGCGGACCGAUCGGUGCUGCGACCGGCCCAAUUGGACCACCGCAUCCAGCACUUUUACAAUACUCUCAUAAAACGCGUAUGAGAACUAGCUUCGAUCCUGAACUCGAAUUGCCGAGACUUCAACGUUGGUUCGGGGAGAAUCAACAUCCAACUCGACAACAAAUACAACAUUACGUGACGGAAUUAAAUUCCUUGGAGUCGCGACGAGGUAGAAAACCAUUAGACGUGAACAACGUGGUUUAUUGGUUUAAAAACGCAAGGGCUGCUCAAAAAAGAGCCGAGACCAGAGGUGUCAACGGUUACAGUCCACCAGGAUUGAGUCCAAGAGGCGCUAGCAUCGUUAGCGAAGAUUGUUCUGACGAGGAAGAGGACUCCAGGCAUCAGUCGACGUCACCGUCGCCCUGCCCACCUAGCAGCCCACCGGUCGGUCCAUUAUCCUUGACUACACGACCAGAGGAUCAACAACCGCCACCUUCGACGCCAUCUUUGGUCAAGCAAGAAGACACCAGAGUAUCUUCUGCUUCCGAGGACGAAGAAGCUAGGCCAACUGGUCCUCUCCCACCUGGAUUUUCAUUGGUACCAAGUCCAAUGUUUGGACAUGGUAUUAUGUACAUGUCCCAUUAUUUACCACCGCGUGGACCAGCCGGAUGUCCGACGAGUAUGCUCGACGAAAGGAGAAAGAGAAACCGGACGUUCAUCGAUCCCGUAACGGAAGUACCUAGGCUUGAAACUUGGUUCACUCACAAUACUCAUCCGAGCCAUGCGCUCAUUCUCAAGUACACGGAGGAGUUAAAUCGGAUGCCCUAUCGCCAGAAAUUUCCACGAUUGGAGCCAAAGAACGUGCAGUUUUGGUUCAAGAAUCGUAGGGCCAAAUGCAAGCGAUUGAAGAUGGCCCUUUUCGAAGGCGAGGCACCUCAACAGCAUCCAUAUCACGCAGAUUAGUUCCUUUAACCUUGAUCGCAUUCAAUUAGAGACACUUGAUUCAACGUUGGCUGCGGAAGAAGAAGAAGAAGAAGAAGAAGAAAGAAAAAGGGAUUGUGUAUAAACGCGAACGAAUGUGAAACAUGUUGUUAUAUAAAAAAAAAAAAAGUCGAAUGCUCGAAUGCACUAUUACUUUGAACGCAUUGACCCGCUGUCGGCCAUCUUUAUUGUAACUAUAUUGCGUAAUUAUUAAUAUAAUUAUCAUGGAAUUUGAUCAAUGUAAAUACGAGAACGAUAUCGAAUAAAUCUGUAUGUCAC